GUGUCCAUUCCGCGCGACAUUUUUGCAUGUUUGGCGGGGAAGAAAUCCAUUGUUCUCGGCAGAAGACCAGCCUAAUUUUUCAGCUUUCCUGGGACCUCUGCACCUAAGAACACUCACAAACAUGGCAGAGAAGGACAAUGAAACGUUUGACGAUGCGGUGGAGGAGAGGGUGAUCAACGAGGAGUAUAAAAUCUGGAAGAAGAACACGCCGUUCCUUUAUGACCUCGUCAUGACCCAUGCCCUGGAAUGGCCAAGUUUGACCUCUCAGUGGCUCCCAGAUGUCACAAAACCUGAAGGUAAAGACUAUUCCAUCCAUCGCCUGGUGCUUGGUACACACACUUCUUGUUUUCCUGACCCUUUCCUGAGCAGAUCUGAUGAGCAGAACCACCUAGUCAUAGCCAGCGUCCAGCUUCCAAACGACGAUGCUAGCUUUGAUGCAGCACACUACGACAGCGAGAAGGGAGAGUUUGGAGGGUUUGGCUCGGUGAGCGGUAAGAUCGAGAUCGAGAUCAAAAUCAACCACGAAGGAGAAGUGAACAGAGCACGCUACAUGCCACAGAAUCAGACCAUCAUAGCAACCAAGACCCCCAGCAGUGAUGUCCUGGUCUUCGAUUACACAAAGCACCCUUCCAAACCAGAUCUGAACGGUCAAUGUAGACCGGACCUAAGACUUCGCGGUCACUCGAAGGAGGGUUAUGGACUCUCCUGGAACCCUAAUCUUCAUGGCCAUCUACUCAGUGCCUCAGAUGAUCACACCAUCUGCCUGUGGGACAUCAAUGAUAAGCCCAAAGAGAACCGUGUGGUGGAUGCCAAGACGAUCUUCACGGGUCAUUCCGCAGUGGUGGAGGACGUCUCGUGGCAUCUCCUCCAUGAGAGUCUCUUUGGAUCAGUGGCUGAUGACCAGAAACUCAUGAUCUGGGAUACGAGAGUAAGCAACCUUGCCAAAGCGAGUCAUUCUGUGGACGCUCACACUGCAGAGGUGAAUUGCUUGUCUUUCAAUCCAUACAGCGAGUUCAUCCUUGCUACUGGAUCAGCUGAUAAAACUGUUGCAUUGUGGGAUCUGCGUAAUCUGAAGCUCAAGCUGCACUCGUUUGAGUCGCACAAGGACGAGAUCUUCCAAGUACAGUGGUCUCCGCAUAACGAGACCAUCCUUGCUUCCAGUGGAACCGACAGAAGACUCAAUGUAUGGGACUUAAGUAAAAUUGGUGAGGAGCAGUCGCCGGAGGAUGCUGAAGAUGGACCUCCAGAGCUGCUCUUCAUCCAUGGCGGACACACAGCCAAGAUCUCAGACUUCUCCUGGAAUCCCAACGAACCUUGGGUCAUCUGCUCUGUCUCAGAAGACAACAUCAUGCAAGUCUGGCAGAUGGCUGAGAACAUCUACAAUGACGAAGAUCCCGACACAUCAGCGGCUGAUUUAGAAUGCCAACAACAGACUGUAUCAUAAAAGUUCCACCCUCAAGAAACAGAAAUGAAAAGAAUGAAGAAAAAAAGACGGAACAAAACACUCCUACUUCAACUGUCAUAUGCCUUCUCGUUGACAGUGUUAUUCCUUCCUCAUUUCUUCCUCUUUCUCGUGCAGUAGUACAUUAUAAACCUCCUUGGUACCCAGAAUAUUCCUUGUUUUGAAAUCUCUCUAUGUCAGGACCCAAAAUAGUGAUAGUAUUGACUUACAAAAUUGUAAGUAUCCUUGGCUAACUAUCGCUAAAAUAACAGCUCUUAAAAUUGCUGUCUCUUGGUCAUCUGAAACAAUUUCCGUUGCACAUAAAAUAUUGGCCAUACAUUACUUAGAUGCACUGUCGAUAUUUGCUCGCAUGGAGAAAUAUUAGAUAGCUGCCUGGCUAGCAAGCAGCUAUCUGUAAGCAAAAUCUGUUUACAGUGACACUAUUUUCAAUAAGGAGGAAACACCCUAAUGUUUAAACACUCCUUUCUUUUGCUGCUACAGUAUGUUAAACUGUAACAAGUUGGUGUCGAUGGGUUUAGGUGCUAAAGCAUGACAGCGGUGUUGAGCUUUUAUAGCUUAUUUCUUACCUCGAUAUUAAGGAUCACACUUAUUCCAAAGAUGACUGGUAGGAGGAGUGGAGAACGGUUUUUGUAAAUUUUGUGAAUAGUUCAUCGUACGAUGAAGAAUUGCUUUUGUAGAAAUAUAAUGAGCACAUGUAAGGGAAGAGGUGCUGAAAUUAUGUGAUAACCCCUCUGUCAUCCUUCCUGUGUACGGUGUACUACCUUAUACUGUAGAUGGUGGUGGUGGUGGACACUGGAGUGGGAUGUUACUGUAAAGUCAGAAUCUUUCAAGAUGUAAUAGUUGUGCAAAUCGUUAAAGAUGGCCACUCUCGCGGCAAGAAACUAGUGAAAUGGCGUGGUCUAAUUAUAUGUUAAGCAUUUCGCGGCAUGAAAUCUUCGCAAAUAUAAAUCACUGGCAAAGUUCACGAACAUUGCAUGCACACAAAAGUUUCUGGUUUUACAGUACAUGUAUUAGAGUGUAAUGCCGUAAGUUUCAAUCCAAACAUAAUUUUCCUCUCUAUUUAUGUACAGCAUAUACAAUCAAAAGUAGCAUUUAAUGCUAGUAAUGAAAUACAAUGCUGUCAUUGAGUUCAGCAAUGAACAGGCAGAGCCAUGAACAUGAAUGAUUAAUUUCAGUGUUACAAUGAUUUCCAUGUAAUUUUACUCUCAAAGACUUAGUGAUAUGUAACAUUUUUUUCUACUAUGUGAAUUUUGUUCCGCCAUGUCCAUUUUUCUGUCAUGUAUGAUAAUGGUGUCAAUAAAAGGACCUUUAGUAUUUGUACAGGUA